AUGGAUAUCUCCCAUAUACAGGCAUAUGCACAGAAUCUAGAAGAUCGUAAACAUCAGCGGAGGACAGAGAGUGAGCGUGAGCGUGACCAGGGUCAUGGAGCGGGUCAGAGUUUUAAAGCAUCAGGUUCUCAGUACAGACUAGAGUCUAGUCAUAUGAGACCCCCAUUACCACGGUGUGCCCAGUGUGGUAAGUUACACGCAGGUCAGUGUCGACGGGGAUCAGAUGCUUGUUUUGCUUGUGGCCAGCCAGGGCAUGUGAUGCGGCAGUAUCCGAUGAGAGGUGGUGUAGGUAUUGUUCAGCAUACUGGGUCCGUAGCUGGUUCUUCUUCUGCAGUGCGCCCUUCAGGGCAAGGUUUUCAGACACCAGCCGGACGUGGUAGAGGGAGGAGUGGAGCGUCUAGCUUGAGCGGUUGA